AGAGUAUCCGUGUCUGUCGUCCCGUAUCAAAGGCACUUCUCAAUUCGCCUCAUCAAGAGCAAGUGAGAUAUCCCGCCCUGACCAAUAAUGCACUCGUCGCUCCUCGUUGCUCUUGCGCUGCUGGCGUCCCCCGCCAUGGCUUCGCAACUCAAGGUGCACCACCACCACCACAUGAAGUUCCGCGAGGUUACGGUCAUCGCGGACAACGCCACGUGCCCCAAUGGCGGCGACGUGCUCUUGUGUCAGAGCGCCUCAUACGCGUGCCAGGACGACGGUACGGGCACGCAGAAAUGCCUCGAGCGCGACGACUCGUUCCUGGACUCGGUGGACAGCAGCACCGCGAUGCCUUGGAUGCAGUGCAGCCAGUCAAACGCAUCGCUGCCUUCCAAGUGCCUCUUCGACUUCCAGUGCACCUGCAUGGACUACGAGAACGUUGACUGCUACUGUACACCGCCCGAUGCCUGGCGCACGGGUCGUCGUACGGCUGACAACUGCACCACGUCCAGUGGAGAGGUGGGCUCCUGUGACGAGGGCAAGUACUGCCGCACCAAGGGCUCGUACCAGGAGUGCGCCACGGCCCCGUACCUUCCGAGCAGCACGUCGCUCUACAGCGAUUGCUCGGACGACGGCGUGUGCGACUCGGGCCUGACCUGUGAAGACUAUGACAACUUCGGCAUCUGCGUUGAGGACGACGGAGACGACGGAAGUGCCAACUGAGAAGAGAUCUUCUCGCGACCGAGUUAAUGUACGUUUAGCUAUGAGAGCGUUUGCAGUUGCAAACCUCUAUUGAAUGGGCUCUAAUUCCUAAUAGAGCACGCUAUCCUCCAUCAUAAGUUUUGGAUUUUAUCUCGGUGUUCGAACCUUUUUGGGAUGGGAUAUCAAUGCUGUUAUGCUGUUCAAAUGUCUACCACUGUAGAGAGUUAUUUACAUGAAUGAAAUGAAUCCCAUUGAUUGGUCAAGUCAAACAUCUCUUUAUUCGUAAAACA